UUAUAAGAUUCGUGGAAGAAGCAGUAAGUAAUCAGACUAAAGCUGCGUCUAUAAAAAUGAACCAGUCCGGAGCAGUGAUGUCCUUGAAUAUUCUGGCUUUCUGCCUUCUGGUGUGUCUCUUUUUGGGUUCGGAGGCAUAUCCAGUGAAGCCUACUAGUCCCAAAGAAGGCGCUCCUCCUGAGGAGCUUGCCAAAUACUACUCUGCAAUAAGACACUACAUCAACCUUAUUACACGGCAGAGGUAUGGAAAGAGGGACAUCCCAGACAAUGGAUUUCCAGAUAUACUGAUGAGGGACAAUAUGCCAGGAGAUAAUUAUAAUGGGUUUGAUGGUUUGCCAUUCUUAUGGUAAAAUGAUUACUCACUACUUGUCACUGCCAUGUGCCUAUACACUUAAAUUAAUUUAUAUGUUAUGUUCUGGUGUAAUGAUGACAGCAAGAUUAAAUGAUUGUUUAACUCUAAUAUUUAUAAGUUGGCAUCAUUUCUGUGUAAAGCCUGGAAGAAACGGCAGACUAGAUUGUUUAAAUGAAUUAAUUUGUGUUAGUAACACACUUCUGGCAACUGAUUGUAUGUUUAUGGUGUCUUAUAAGCCCACGAAAGGUCUGUGCAUUUGUAUCCCAGACACAAUAAUAAUAAUUUAAAAAAUAAUUAAUUCAUUAUGUUGCAACGUGCAUGCAAUAAAAAAUGUGUCAAGGUGUUCCUGUCUGUGAUUACCUAAUUUCUAAUCCACCAGUCCCUGCAGCUGUUUUGGUAAAUAAUGGAGUCAUAGUGACCUCUACUGACAAAAGGAUAGAAUACAACAGAGCUCGGGAAGUAGCGUG